GAUAGAGGACCCCGGGAAGGGCGGGGCUGGACAUGAGGAGGCGGCUGCGCUUUUGCCGGGAUGCGUGGCUCACGCUGCUGCUCAGCGCCGCCCUCGGCCUCCUGCUCUACGCGCAGCGUGACGGGGCAGCCCCCACGACCAGAGCACCACCAGCGCGAGGACAGUCCCCGCGGCCCACUUCUGGUCUCCGGGGACGCGGGCUCCCCAACAACGCCCGCGCGGCCCCGCCGGCCUAUGAGGGCGACACCCCAGUGCCGCCCACACCUACGGGCCCCUUUGACUUCGGCAGAUAUCUGCGCGCCAAGGAUCAACGGCGCUUCCCGCUGCUCAUUAACCAACCGCGUAAAUGCCGCAGAGACGGCGCAUCUGGCGGCCCGCCGGAUCUGCUCAUCGCGGUCAAGUCUGUGGCCUCCGACUUCGAGCGGCGGGAAGCCGUACGUCAGACUUGGGGCGCCGAGGGUCGCGUUCAGGGAGCACUCGUGCGCCGAGUGUUCUUGCUGGGCGUGCCCAGGGGCAUCGACUCUGGCAGGGCAGGCACGCGGACGCACUGGCGCGCUCUGCUGGAAGCUGAGAGCCGUGCUUAUGCAGACAUCCUGCUCUGGGCUUUCGAAGACACCUUCUUCAAUCUAACGCUCAAGGAGAUUCACUUUUUGGCUUGGGCCUCAGCUUUCUGUCCAGAUGUACGCUUUGUUUUUAAGGGCGAUGCCGAUGUGUUCGUCCAUGUGAGGAACCUGCUGCAGUUCCUGGAGCCGCGGGAUCCGGCACAGGACCUUCUUGCAGGUGAUGUGAUUGUGCAGGCAAGGCCAAUUCGCUCAAGAGCCAGCAAGUAUUUUAUUCCCGAGGCUGUGUAUGGACUGCCGGUUUACCCGGCCUAUGCAGGGGGUGGGGGCUUUGUUCUUUCCGGAGCCACGCUCCGCCGCCUAGCAGAGGCUUGCUCACAGGUUGAGCUCUUUCCCAUAGACGACGUCUUUCUGGGCAUGUGUUUGCAGCGCCUGCGGCUUACACCUGAGCCUCAUCCAGCGUUUCGCACCUUUGGCAUCGCCCAGCCUUCAGCUGCACCGCAUCUUCGCACCUUUGACCCCUGUUUCUACCGAGAACUGGUGGUAGUGCAUGGGCUGUCUGCAGCUGACAUCUGGCUUAUGUGGCGCUUGCUGCACGGGCCUCGGGGGCCAGUGUGUGCACAUCCACAACCUGUAGCAACAGGUCCGUUUCAAUGGAACGCUUAACUACAUAUCACAGUAUCAAGCCUCUCUCACUCAGCUCCAGAAGAGAACAUUAAAGAGCACAAAAGGGUUUCCCAUGUGGGAUAAUGGUGUACACGGCUUUCCUUCAGAUCACUGAGUGUACAGUACUGACCCAUUGAAAUAGCCACGGCCAGGGUGGUGGACCAUGUCUUGCCCCACAGACCUAACAGAAGCUGGCACACUUAGUGAUGUUAGUAGCCAACAGCAUUAUAGUAUGUGCCAGUGUGUGCUUGGCUGGAUUGCUUAGGAUGUUAUAAACACAUGGUGGUAUCUCUAUGGCCUGGCCUCACAUCCCUCAUGGACUUGGCAGACACUUUAGUUAUUUUCCUUCAUUCUUCACAUUAGAUUCCCAGUGGCAAUAUCUUAUCUGUCCCCCCAUUUCAGGUCUGCUGUAUUGGAGCUAACCCUUUAGGUGCAGAUUUGCCUGUAACAUGAGGGAUGGGGCCAUGAUGUCGUGGUCUUGUCCACUAUAUGCACACACAACUAUGUCAAUGUACUUAUGAAGCUGACCCAUCCCUUCCCAGGAGUCCUAAGAUUCCUCUACUAUAAUAUUUCCCAUAUUCUUCAAUCACAGCUUCAAGAAAACCAACAGUUCACAUUUUCGUACAAACACCCCAGCAGCAGCACAUGGCAAGCUGUCACUGAGGGCAUAGGUGCUUUAUUGGAAAGGGAUGAGGAAGUUUCCUCUGUUCAAGAGGAUGGGAACAGUCCUGGCUACCCUGACAGUGGGAUGUGCAGGGUCUCUGGCCAGACCAAGGUCCAAAUGGGAAGACACCUGUCAAUCAGAGUCAUGGAAGUGCCACACAGGCCUGGCUGUAGGCCCAGGAACCAUACAGACAGCUGGGGCAGGAUCCCCUGCACAUUCAUCAUGAACUAUACAAGAUGAGGCUGUACAUGAGUUAAUUACAAAAGUCAUUAUUUACAAAAAUCUGUACACACAUUUGAAAAACUCACAAAAUUGUCAUCUAUGUAUCACAAGUUGCUAGACCAAAAUAUUAAAAAUGGGAUAAAAUUA